GAUGCGGAGCCAUGAAUGCCCCGGGGUGGCUGCAUCCUCUCCCUCGCACGGUCAGCCCCGACCCGACCGCGGGCGAAGCGCAAAGACAUGCUCUCGCGUUUCUGUCACAGGGACCGCCGGCUUACACCCAGUCCAUUGUGUUUUUACCCUAAUCUCGCUCCUCUGGUGCUCUUGGUGUUUAGAAGGAAAAUGCGACUUGUUUUUGCGAUUGAACCCCUGCCGAAUGUGGUGGAGCUGUGGCAGGCAGAAGAAGGGGAACUCCUGCUGCCCACUCAGGGUGAUUCUGAAGAGGAUAUGGAGGAGCAGUCUGAAGACCAGAGUUUCUCGGACAAGCUAUUUACUGAAAGGGGCUUGCAUUUUCAGCCAUCAGUUCUAGAUUUUGGAAUUCAGUUCCUGGGACAUCCAGCAGCAAAGAUCCUCUAUGCUUACAACCCUAGUAGGGAUAGUGAGGUUGUGGUGAAUUCAGUGUUUACAGCUGCUAGACAUUUUCAUGUGCCUCCUGUUCAUUGCAGGGUAAUUCCAGCAAUGGGGAAAACUUCCUUCAGAAUUAUUUUCUUACCUACUGAAGAAGGAAGCAUUGAAAGUUCUUUAUUUAUUAAUACCUCCUCAUACGGAGUCCUUUCCUAUCAUGUGUCUGGAAUUGGCACUCGCAGAAUCUCUACUGAAGAGUCUGCAAAGCCACUACCCAAUGCUUACUUCCUGCUUCCACAGGUUCAGAGCAUUCAGCUUUCACAAACACAGGCAGAAACCGCUAAUACUAGCCUCUUGCAGGUGCAACUGGAAUGCAGCUUACAUAAUAAAGUGUGUCAGCAAUUAAAGAGUUGUUAUCUGGAAUCUGAUGAUGUUUUGCGGCUGCAGAUGAGCAUAAUUGUAACAAUGGACAGUUCCUCAAAAGAAUUUGAAGAGAACACACAAGAUUUGUUAGAUCAUCUCGCUAUUGUGUAUGUAGCUAUAGACAAUUCUGAGACCUCAGAUGAUUCUGCCGUAAAUAUGUAUAUACUGCAUUCAGGAAACAGCCUUAUAUGGAUACAGGAUGUACAUCAUUUCUCACAGAGAGAUGCUCUGUCUCUGAAGUUUGAACCAGUACUGCUACCUACUUCUACAACAAACUUUACAAAAAUUGCCUCUUUUACUUGUAAAGCCACAUUGUGUGACAGUGGAAUGAAUUAUAUGGAAGUUGUGAGGAAAACAAAAAGCACGCCAACACUAAAAGCAUGCCUGUCCUCUCCUGUGGUUCCAGGGUAUUUCAGAAUGGACUCUGCUGCAGCCCAGUUUCACAUAGAGACUCACGAGAACACAUCAGGAGUCUGGUCCAUGUGGUAUCUCAAUCAUUUUGACCGGAGUAUUGUAUUAAACGAUAUAUUUGUUUCCAAGAAGACCAAGCACAUUUUAAAGAUUCUGAAUUUCACUGGCCCUUUAUUUCUACCUCCAGGCUGUUGGAAUAUAUUUUCUUUGAAACUUGCUGUUAAAGACAUUGCCAUAAAUAUAUUCACCAAUGUAUAUUUGACUACAAACAUAGGUGCCAUUUUUGCGGUACCUCUUCAGAUAUACUCGGCACUAACCAAGGAAGGGAGUCUGGGUUUUGAAGUGAUAGCACAUUGUGACAUGCAUUAUUUCAUGGGAAAGUCAAGAGCAGAAAUCCCUAAUUGGCAAAGGAGCCUUUCUCUGGAUCGCUCUACCUGGGAUGUGGAUUCUGAACUUGCAAAUAAAUUGUAUGAAAGAUGGAAGAAAUUAAAAAAUGGUGACGUCUGCAAGAGGAAUGUUUUAGGGAUGACUCGGUUUUCCCACUUGAAGAAAUCCAAGGAGUCAGAAUCCUUUGUUUUCUUCUUGCCUCGUUUGAUUGCAGAGCCUGGCCUUGUGUUAAACUUCAGCGCUACUGCCCUCAGGAGCAGUGUGGUGAAGUACUUCGUGGUACAGAACCCUUCCUCUUUGCCCAUCUCCCUGCAGCUCCUGCCUGUCUCCUCAUAUCCUAAGCCCGAAGCCGCCAUGCGCCUGCUCCACAAAUGGUUUGGCACUGAUAUGCAGAUGAUUAAUUUCACAACUGGUGAAUUCCAGCUCACCCAAGCUUGCCCUUACCAGGGUGUGAAUUCCGAGGAAUCCAGGUUUGGCAUCCUUCACUUACAUUUGCAGCCUUUAGAGAUGAGAAGGGUUGGUGUAGUUUUCACACCAGCUGACUAUGGAAAAGUCACCUCACUCAUACUAAUCAGGAAUAACUUGACUGUUAUUGACAUGAUUGGCGUGGAAGGGUUUGGAGCGAGAGAGUUACUGAAAGUGGGUGGAAGACUUCCCGGCAUGGGAGGUUCACUCCGGUUUAAGGUGCCAGAGUCCACACUGAUGGACUGCCGUCGACAGCUGAAAGACAGCAAGCAAAUUUUAUCUAUUACAAAGAACUUUAAAGUUGAGAACAUAGGACCUCUUCCUGUAACUGUGUCCUCUCUGAAAAUCAGUGGGUAUAACUGCCAAGGUUAUGGAUUUGAAGUGCUGGAUUGUCAUCAGUUUUCCCUGGAUCCAAACACAUCCCGGGACAUAAGCAUCGUGUUUACUCCAGACUUCACCUCCUCCUGGGUCAUUCGUGAGCUGACUCUUGUAACUGCUGCAGACCUGGAAUUUCACUUCACUCUCAACGUGACCCUCCCUCACCACCUGCUGCCCUUGUGUGCAGAUGUGGUUCCAGGGCCCAGCUGGGAGGAGUCAUUUUGGUGGCUCACGGUGUUCUUUGUCAGUUUGUCCCUGUUGGGUGUGAUUUUAAUAGCCAUCCAGCAAGCACAGUACAUUCUUACGGAAUUCAUGAAAACAAGACAGAGGCAAAAUUCUAGCUCUUCCUUACAGCAAAACAACAGUCCAGUGGAUGUAAUCGGCUCCCAUUCUCACAAAAGCAAUUGCAAGAACUUUCUUGAUGCCUAUGGCCCUUCUGAUAAAGGCAGGGGAAGAAACUGCCUUCCGGUUAAUGCCCCUCAGAGCAGGAUCCAGAAUGCCGCAAAGAGGAGCCCAGCAACCUACGGCCAUUCUCAGAAGAAGCAUAAGUGCUCAGUGUAUUACAGCAAACACAAAGCCGGCACAUCUCUGGCCAGCAGUGCCAGCACUACUACCGAGGAAAAACAGACUUUGGCUCUGGGCAGUUCCCUCUCUGUGCUUAAAGAGGACCUUUGCCCUGAUGUUAUGGGUGAGAACUGGAUAAACCUCAAGUAUGCAAGUGGCGUAAAUGUCAACCUUCAGAAGAGUUUAACCUUUCCCAAAAACUUACUGAAUAAAGAAGAAAACACACUGAAAAACACAUUUGUUGUCAAUAAUACUUCUUCAGAAUGUCAUAUGAAGGAGGAGAUACAGAUAUGUAUGUUUCCUAAGGAAACUGACAUUAAAACUUCAGAAACCAUGGCUGAGCUCAAGGACUGUGAGCUCUAUCCUCUGAAGGCCUCUAAGAAACUACCUGAAAAUCAUUUGCCAAGAAAUUCACCUCAGUACCAGUCAGACUUACCAGAAAUUUCCAGGAAAAAUAAUGGGAGUAACCAACAAGUGCCUGUCAAGAGUGAAGCAGACAAUUGUGAAACUUUGAAAAAGCAGGGUGACACAAAGUCUUCCUCUGAGAAGAAGAGUCACAAAGCAUCUAAAGAAGACAUAUGUCCUGAGAAACGGGACGUGCCUCCUGCUGAGCAAGAAGAUCCUUAUAGGAAGAAGAAGCUUCAGGAGAAAAAGGAAGGAAAUUUACAAAAUUUAAAUUGGAAUAAAAAUCGAACAUGUAGAAAAAACAAGAAAAGGGGCGUUACUCAGGUCUCAAGGCCUUCUGAACAGAGUGAAUUAAAGCUUGUGUGCAGUGAAUUCGGAAGGCCUGAGCUGAGCAGUGACAUGGAUGUAAGAAACUGGUGUAUACAGGAAAACACUGGGGAGGUUUGUAAAACAGACGCUGAAAUUGGAAGCUUACCUGCUGCACAGGGAGAGGCAGAGGAUUACUACCGGAAGCCUGAGAAGAAAUGCGUGGAAAAGUUCUGCUCGGAUUCUAGCUCAGACUGUGGCAGCUCUUCAGGGAGCGUGCGUGCCAGCCGGGGCAGCUGGGGGAGCUGGAGCAGCACCAGCAGCUUGGACGGGGACAAGAAGCCCGCGGUGGGCCCUCAGCACUUCCUUCCCACGAGUGAUAGUGUUUCACAAAAUGAUUUUCCUUCUGAAUCUCCCAUCUCCUUCAGUCUUUCUCACAACAUCUGCAAUCCCAUACACGUGAACGCUCUCCCACAAUAUGCAGAAACUGCCUGUCCCGGCCUCCCUGAUGGGCCUGCAGGUGAUGAAAAUAAAGGUCUUUGCCCACCUGGAGACCUGUGGCCCACCCAGCCAGUGUGUCUGACAAGCAGCUUAAACUGCAAUCUCGAGAGCAGCGUGCCUUGUGUGCUGCAGGAGCCUCCCCCCGUUCAUAAUAGCAGUUUCAUUGAUUGGAGCACAACUUGCGAAGGCCAGUUUCCUAAUGUGUACUGUCCAUUGGAGUUGAACGAUUAUAAUGCCUUUCCAGAAGAAAACAUGAAUUUCCCCAAUGGCUUCCCCUGUCCUGUAGAGGUUCAGACGGACUUUAUCGACAACAAUCCUCAGUCUACUUGGAACACGGCCACCAGCAUGCCGACUGCUUGGGGACAUGCCAGCUUCAUCAACUCUACGAUCACAGGAGCUAGGGCUGGCCACCCUCUGAAGGAACCUAACAUGUAAUCAGACUGGUAGGGGUUUACAGACGUUGAUAUUUCUACCCACCCCUGAAUGAAAAAGACAUCCCAUACUACAAGAGGCAUGCUCGUUUGUAGAUAAAAUGGAAAUCGGGCCAGGAAGCCCCGUGUUUGACACAGCUAUCGUAGGUGACCUUGCUGACCUUUUCAUCUGUGAUAAUAGAUGAAAUGGAAGUCCAGGGAAGGUCAGUGGUGGUGAUUGGGUCAUGACAUCUUCUGCCUGUGAACACCCACCCCUCCAUCCUAGAGUCCAGGACUUUCCCCUUUCAUAUCUGCUCAGUAGUUUUUACAGAUUAAGAGCAUUUGACCUAUGGACCAUCCCUUGGGUUCAAAAUUAGUAUAUCUAGUCAGAUGAGGAUUUCACAACCCUCCAUCUGAGGAAAGCGGAGUUAAAACAACCCCAAUUGUUGAGAAUAGUUUAAUAACUUCCAAUAACUUUUGUUGAAAGCUCUUGGGUGUGCAAAUGGUUUUGUGCUCAAUUGCUAACCUAAAGAUUGGCAGUUCAAACCCACCCAGCAGUACCAGGGAUGAAAAGGCCUGGCAGUCUCCUUCUAUAAAGAUUACAGCCAAGAAAACCCUAUGGAGCUGUUCUACUCUGUCACACAUGGGUCGGAAUCGACUUGAUGGCAACUAACAACAACAAGUUGGGUUGAUACUAUUGUGAUGUCCACUAUUAUAUAUUCAACUUCAACAUUUGCGUAUCUAAGGCUUUUUUAAUAUUUUUUUCCUCUCCCCGUUCAUACUCCAGCCCUACCUCGCAAGCACCCGAAGCUUGUCUCCAAUGUCUGGACUUUUUGGUUCCAUCUGGGCCCCACAGAGUGAUGUGUAUGAAAAUUGCUGCUCCAUCAACCCCACCACGGAACACGCGACUCACAUGGAAAA